CUGACUGCUUGCGCCCUAGAUUACACGACCCCCGCAACAGGAGGAUUCUCUUCGAGCAAUUGCUAACACGCGCCGUCCGCUAGACGCUGACGUCGAAUUUGAUCCGGCCACUCUUAAUCGGAGCCGCUGACACAGACGCAGCGCCGAGUUUGGUUCUCACUCCCCGAAAACGCGCGGGCCCCAACAUCUGGCGGGGGGCGUCUGACGAAAUCCAGGCCUCCUUCUGGGAACCUAUGUUCGGCCAAAGGGGCAUUCGGCGGCACCCGCAAUGCUCGAUUAUCGCGGUGUUCGAACGAGCCUGCAGGUGGCUCCGUUGACGAUACAGAAGACACGGGGUAGGACAAGCGGAGGGUCCUCGGACCGUGUUGACGCUUCAGGGGGUGCCUCGGUGGACUCGCAGACAACGCCGCCCGCGACGCCGAAGAGCUCGCAGGACGCCACCAAUGCGAUCGGCAACAGCUCGCCAGUGUUCCACAACUUCCUACGCGCCUUCUACCCAUUUCACCCUGACUACAUCGCGAACGAUUCGACGGUCACCUUGCCACUGAACGAGGGAGAUGUCGUCUUGGUGCACUCCAUCCAUACCAACGGCUGGGCCGACGGUACUCUGCUGGCGAAUGGGGCGAGAGGGUGGUUGCCGACAAACUACUGCGAAGCCUACGAUCCCGAGGAAAUGCGGAGUCUCCUAAAGGCGCUUCUCAACUUCUGGGACUUGAUGCGCAGCACAUCGGUCAACGACUGCGAGCUCUUCGGGAACCAGGACUUUAUGAAGGGUAUCAUUGCCGGUGUUCGCUGUUUAUUGGAGCAAACUCAGUGUCUGACAAGGGAAGCUGCCCUGGUUCAAAGGCAUGAGGGACUCCGACGGAGCAGGAAGUCGUUGCUGUCCGAGCUGUCUUCGCUGGUUAAGACGGCUAAGCGAUUACAGGAUGCACAGCGAAUCGCUAGCACCGAGGACGUCAAUGAUGUUCUGGACGACAUGAUCUUGAAAGCUUUCAAGAUCAUCACCAAGGGCGUGAGGUUUUUGGACAUCCUGGACGACGAUCGCAGGUCGCGAGUGCCAGCAGUCACAGUCAUGACGCCCCUGACAGAGGAAGCCUACAUUCCGCUGACGCCGCCAGCCGAUUCCGCUUCUAGCGAGACCACUCAGGGUCACGCUGCCGCUGCAGAAUCCCGUCCCGACGCGAGCGGCAACGCUUCCGAGUCGGCGCUUUCUGCAGUGGGCGACGUGGCACCGGAUCGGGUACCGUGCGGCAACCGUUUGUCUUCAGCCUACCAACGCCAGAGCGCAGGUGCAUUCCGGUUGUCGCAGAACAGCUCGCUGCAAGUGAACCGGUUGUCAUCCACGGUGUCCCAUCGUGUCAGCCUGACCGGGCCGUCGUCUUCCUCGCAACUCCACAAUCUGGUCUCUGAGCGCCUCAACACAUGUCACGAUACCUUCCUUUCGCACUUGGGAUCCUUUAUCGGACGAUUGCAGCUUCAGUCACAGUCGCGGCCAAGCCUGGCGCUCGACAUUAAGCAGUCUACGACGUCGGGCGGAGAAUUGUUGUUUGUUGUCGAUGUGGUCUGCGCGCACAGCUCAAUACACAUCGGCGCGCUGGAGCAAGCUCGAAACGCCAUGUACGGCCGGAUCCAGAAUCUCGUGCACACUGCCCGCGACAUUCUCUCCAAUCCCGGGCCGGAGAUGGAGGAGGAUGUGAUUGUGCCCCAUGACAACGGCCGUUUGCUGGGAGCUGCGACAGGGUGCGUAAAAUCCAGCGGGGAGUGCGCUGCAAGGGCGAGAUGGGUGAUCGAGCGGAUCGGCGACUUCGAGUUCGAGUUCGAGAACGGGAGCCUGGGAAUUGACUUCGGUCUCUCCGAAUUGGUCUCGAUUCCGGAGGAGAAGGUCAAGCCCGGUGUCACCGAGCCAGCCGCUAUCGCUGAGUCAACCGCGUCGGCCGAUACGCCAACUGCUUCGGCAGCAGUUUCCGUUGCCAGCUCCGCCGAUACACGCGCCCGGUCCUUGUCGAUCGACAAGCCGCUCCCGGAUGUCCCUCCCGUCACCUCUCCUGUCUCGGAGCAACCCUCGUUACACCCGUCGCUCCUCGCACCACAGACCCAGUCGUCGUGCCCCCUCGACAGCAGCGUUCCCAGCUCGGUGUCCUCGGUCACCUCCCUCCGCCCCGACUUGCCGCCUCUCCCGAAGAUCUCGACGUCGUCGCUACCGGCCGAGAACUACAGCCCCACUGAGCCCUCUGCCACGCAAGAGACGGAUUUCCGCUCCUUCCGGUCGGAGACUAUGACUGCUUCGAGCUCCGGCUCCGCCAGCACCUACCUCAGCCGCGAUUCGGAAUCGAGCAUCGUGUCUCAGGCGUCGACGCGCGCAACCACGCCGGAUAUUGCCCAAGCCCCCAAAAGCCAACCGUCUCUCUCGAACCUGAGCAUGACGGACAGUUUGGCCACCACCGAGGACGAAGAUGUCGAAUCGAAGCUCCUGGAGAAGACAUACGCCCACGAACUGAUGUUCAACAAGGAAGGCCAAGUGACAGGCGGUUCGCUGCGCGCCUUGGUCGAGCGCCUUACGGCGCAUGAGUCGACGCCGGACGCCGUGUUUGUGUCCACGUUUUACCUCACCUUCCGCCUGUUUUCCACUCCGAUCACAUUUACCAAGGCUCUGAUCGAUCGAUUUGAUUACGUUGGGGAAGCCCCGCACGUCGCUGGCCCCGUGCGACUGAGGACGUACAACGUGUUCAAAGGCUGGCUCGAGUCGCACUGGCGGGAGGAGGCAGACCGGGAAGCACUGCCUUUGAUCAAGGAGUUUGCCGAGGUCAAGCUGGCGGCUGUGCUCCCGUCAGCCGGCAAGCGCCUCCUGGAACUGGCCAACAAGGUGUCUGGGGUCGAUGGCACCUUGGUACCUCGCCUUGCGUCCUCCGUGGGCAAGGCGAGCACGUCUGCCUUCGGGACCGGCGAAGCUCCACUCCCCGCGCCUGUGAUCAGCAGAAGCCAGUCUAACGCUCUGCUCAACUGGAAGGCAGGCGGCAGCUGCCCCUCCAUUGUCGACUUUGACCCCGUGGAGGUUGCCCGUCAGGUGACGAUAAAGCAAAUGACGCUCUUCUGUUCUAUCUCGCCCGAGGAACUGCUAGGCUCGAAAUGGACCAAGCACGGGGGCGUUGGGGCGCCGAAUGUCAAGGCCAUGUCGUCCUUCACCACCGGGCUGACCAACCUCGUCAUCGAUAGCAUCUUGAACUUCGAGGAAGUCAAGAAGCGAGCGCUCGCAAUCAAGCAUUGGAUCAAAAUCGCGCACCAGUGCUCCCUGCUUCGCAACUACGACGCGCUGAUGGCGAUCACCUGCGGCCUCACUGCUACGAGCAUCAAGCGUCUAAAGCUGACGUGGGAUGCUGUCCCUGCCAAGCGCAAGGAGAUGCUCAAGUCCCUGCAAGCCGCCGUCGACUUCAACCAGAACUUUAAGGUGCUGCGUGCCCAGCUCCACGACCAAGUACCGCCGUGCCUGCCCUUUCUCGGAAUGUUCUUGACGGACCUCACAUUUGUGGAUGUGGGCAACCCGGCGACCAAGACCAGCGACACUGGCUUGACGGUCAUCAACUUUGACAAGCACACUCGCACAGCGAAGUGCAUCGGGGAGCUGCAGCGCUUCCAGAUUCCCUACCGCCUGACAGAGCUGCCGGAUUUUCAAGACUGGCUUGCGGCCCAAAUCGACGGCGUCCGGGAGAAAGACACGCCUGGCUCCAAUGCGCAGGCGGCACACUACCGGAAAAGCCUGCUGCUCGAACCUCGGGAAACACAGCAGCUGCGAACACCCGUCGAAGGGCCCAGCUCCCUUCCGGGAAGCAGCAUGUUCAGCUGGAUCAGGAGCAACAACAGUGGAGUGUCGGCCGCUCUCGGGUAACAAAACGCUAUCGUCGCCCCCGACGGCUUCCCCGCCGGCACUGUUGACCCUCGCACACAUAUUCAUCCGCGCAACCACCCUCGUCAACCUUGAACAACAAACGGAUUUCGAAUUUUAGUGGCUUCUUGUGAUACCCAUCCUCGCAUCUUCGAAUUUUGAUCUU